GACAUCACACAGUAUAGUCCAGGAGAAAACCCGGCUACCUCAAAUGUCUAUCCGGCACCACACAGUGUAGAUGGAUCAUCGUAUUCCUCUCAUCCUGAGGGACCUCAGACUGUGAGGGAUAGUUCCGUCCUUCCAAAAGAGAAGAGGUUUUUCUGUAUUGAGUGCGGGAAGGGUUUCCAUUUUAAAUCCCAACUUAAUGUGCAUAAACGUAAUCACACGGGGGAGAAGCCGUAUUCCUGUCCUGAGUGCGGGAAGUGUUUUCUUUUUAAAUCAAGACUUGAUGACCACAAAAUAUCUCAUUCGGGAGAAAAACCGUAUUCCUGUUCUGAGUGUGGAAAAUCUUAUUCACGAGCCACGCAUCUUUACGCACAUCAAAAAGUGCACACGGGUGAGAAGCCAUAUUCGUGUCCUGAGUGCGAGAAAUGUUUUGUACUAAAAUCACUACUUUUAAUACAUCAGAGGUCUCACACGGGGGAAAAGCCGUAUUCCUGUUCUGAGUGCGGCAAAUGUUUUUCAAAUUCCUCGCAUUUAUACUCGCAUCGGAGAUCUCAUACAGGGGAGAAGCCGUAUUCCUGUUCUGAGUGCGGUAAAUGUUUUUCAAUUCAGUCCAAUCUUGAAAAACAUAAGAUGUUGCACACUGAGGAGAAACCAUAUUUCUGCUCUGAGUGUGGGAAAUGUUUUUCACAAAAGUUCAAUCUUUACAGACAUCAGAAGACUCACACGGGGGAAAAGCCAUAUUCCUGUCCUUGUUGUGGGAAAUGUUUUUCAAUGAAGUCUACUCUUUCUAUGCAUCAGAAUUCUCACACAGGGGAUAAGCCCUAUUCCUGUCCUGAGUGCGGGAAAUCCUUUUCAGUGCAGUCCAAUCUUUACAGACAUCAGAGAGCUCACAAGGGGAAGAAGCCAUAUUCCUGUCCUGAGUGUGGGAAAUAUUUUUCACACAAGUCCAGUCUUUUAAAACAUCAGAGAACUCACACGGGGGAGAAGCCUUAUUCCUGUCCUGAGUGUGGGAAAUGUUUUUCACAGAAGUUUAGUGUUUACACACAUCAGAGAUCUCACACGGGAGAGAAGCCGUAUUCCUGUCCUGAGUGUGGGAAAUGUUUUUCACAGAAGUCCAAUCUUUACACACAUCUGAAAUCUCACACAGAGAAGAAGCCGUAUUCCUGUCCUGAACUGGAGGAAGUGGUAUAUGAGGGAAGCACUCAAGCAGAGUGGGAAGCGAUUCUGUUAGACUAA